GCGAUGCCACGACGUGGAUCGGCUCUGCUUUUCCGGUAAUAGAAAAGUUUAUCAAUUUAAUUGAUGAAAGAAACCAGACGCGACGGUAGAUCAGUUAUUCCUUUUCGUCGGACGUCGACUUCUCUGGUCGCCGGUGAAAAAAGCUAUCACUCAAGUCUAAUUGAAGGUGCACUUAACCUAGCAUUUCAAAAUAGACAAGGAUUCUUUCGUUUAUGCCAUCAGAAAUAAUAUUCGCAUACUCCUCAGUUUAUCUCCAUCAGGUUUACUUCUUCUCUUUCCACUCUAAUUCUUGUUCUUUUUAUCAUUACUACUCUCUUUUAACUUUUCCCUCAUCGCUUUAGAUACCUGAAACGUGUUGCUCGGUUGAAGUUAAAUUUCAACGGUUCAUAAGUUUUCUUCAUCUGAGCUUUCUUUUUUUGUUAAGUGAAUUCUGGUGACUCAUUAUUUGUUCAAGAGGAAGCUGGCUCUCGGUCAUUUCGAUUUCAAAUGUUUUUCUUCAUUUUCUCUACAAAUUUUGAUGGCUGUUUGAAGAGAGUACCUUUUUUUUUUUUUAAUAAUUUUUCAAUUGACGGUUGUGAUGGUUGGUAUCAUGUUCCGAAGUGUAACACUACUCUGCUAUUGGAUCUUAAAACAUUUUAAGACACAAGAGAUCCGUCCGUUGAAAUGGAAAAACCUUUAUGUGAUUGAAAGUGAAAAGGAAACGAAAUGCUUUUUUUUUUAUUAUCUUUCAGUAAAGACUAAUGAACUCUAGUUAUAUCCACAUGUGCUGAGCUCGCAAAUUUACGUUAUCCUCAGUAUUAUGAAUUGGACUGUCUGAUUAGAUCAAAUUGUUCAUAUAUUUUUGGCUUUACUGUAAUUUGGAUUUCCUGUUUUUAGACUCAAAAUUUUCUGACAACUCUAUUCUUCGUUCUUACGAUGUUAAUUUAUUGAUCUAUGUCCAUUCUCCGUGGCCAGCUUUAAUUUCUUUUGAUAUUAACACAAACAAGUUGAAUUUUUUUGGUCUUACCGCUUAUAUUUAUUUGUUGUCCUUAUUUUGUUGAAACUACUGUUUCCGUUAUUAUAGUUUGUUAGUCUGUUACUACUUACGACUACUUUGUUUUUCUUCAUAACAUCUGAUAAUACAUUUAGCAUUUUCUAGUUGUGAGUUCUGAUGAAGAGUGUCCAAACUAAUCAAGGAUAUUUGUGGAUUGUGCCAGUAUGUUAAUUACGACAACAUUAGUAUACUUUUGGUAGUGAAUUAACACCACGAUCGGUUGUAGCAGAAAUCUAAGCAGUUCACGUUAAAUCAUUGAAUUUAUGUGGGAAAGAUGCAACUUAAGUCUUCCAAUCUUAACACUUACCACAUUUAUUGGAUUAACAUGCUUGUCCCAUCAUGUUUGAUUUAUAAAACCUUCAAUUACUUGCUCUGUGGACUCUAGUGUUAUUUAGUAAUUGCAAUAGUAUAUUUUUUAUGACUGUUACUUCAUAUUCCCCAUGUCUUCUUUCUCCCAAUGAAAGCUUAGCUUUUUAUCCCAAAACUAAAUAUGUAUAUAUGUGUGUGCAUGCGCUCACACACAUGCAUAUCUACAUAUAUAUAUAUACACAUAUACAUACUUAUAUUGGAGUUUUGUAUUUAGCAUCUCUUGAUAUGUUGUUUCUAUCAAGGAAACACUGUCCUCGUAAAUUUUAGUAUUUAACUGAAGAAAGUUAUGUUGUUUAUACCACCUUGCUGUUAUUGAGGACUUCUCCUUCACUAUUUUAUAAUUAAUCUUUUUAUUCAAUUUAUCUUUCUCUACGGAUUUUUUUUUGUUUCCUUACUGUACCCCUGUUUUGAUACCAAUAUUGUUGUACUUUAAGUUGUUGCUACUUAUUUACAAUCAUUCAUCAAACUCAUCAAACCAGUUUGAUGAUUCAAUUCUUGAAAAUCAUACAAAAAAAUAAGCAGGUAGAUUGUUGUCUCUUUCUAUGUCAGGUAUAUAUUGUGCAAAAAUAGGCAAUAACUGGAUAUAUAUUUGUUUCAUUUCUAACAUUGUUGAGUGACAAUGGGAGCAUCAACAUCAACGGAGAAAAAGGUUCCUGAUGACCAAAGAGAGGCUGAAGCCUUGGCGGCUUCAACGGGAGCUCUUCCUCAGCUUCAGAGUGCAUUCUCUAAGCUGGUGGAUCCUCAAACAAAUGCAAUCCCUUUCGAAUCCUUACAGAAAUGCUUCUUUUUAGGUUAUGAAAACCAAACUCAAGAAACAGCUGCUGUGCCCGAAUCCUUUCCAGGCAUCCUAGAUCACGUGGGUUUAACAAUCAUUGAAAUGUUCUUCAUUCCUGAGAAAGGAGGUGUUACCUGGGUUGAAUUUCUUAAGGGCUACAAUAAAUGUUGUGGAAAAAUUUCUGCAUCUGUGUUGCUUAAUGCAUUAAUUAGGGUAUUUGAUGCUACAAUGGUAAAACUGGGACUUCCUUCAAAAUUGGAGUUUACAUCCUAUGAGGAUGAAUUUAAGAUGACUGGCUUCCUUCUUCCGAGUGAUGUUCUCAUGCUUCUUUGGAUGUGUUGGGCUAUGUUUUGGGAUUCUAGUACUUUCAAAGCUUUAGGAUCAAAGUCAAAUUUAAUUUUGCCAGAUAUCAAUAAUCUGGUGUUGUCGUCGGUUGCAUCUUGUGCUGAGGUUGGUAGUACUGUAAACAUUUGGGAUUGCGAUAUCUUAGGGUUGGGUGUUGAAGUACCCAUAGGAAAGUUUCUUACUUGGGCAGUGAAAACUGUUCCGAGUCUUCCAGAUGGGUUCUCACGAUUUGUACAUGCAAGAAUUCUUCAAGCUUCUACUAAAGAGGAUGGAGUAGAGUCGUCAAGUUCACCAACUGUAGAUAUUGCCUCACCUGAGACAUCAAAUUCUUUUGUUCUGACCUGUGGAACAGCAUGGGCAGUUUCCCUUACACAAAGAGGUGGCAUUAGGGACGAGAUGUCAAAAAUAUGUUUUUCUAUCAGUGGAGAUGGAAAUCAUGAACACCUACUUUAUAGGUCGUCACUUCAUGGGAGAGGCUUGAAUAGAUUCUGGUCCAAUAUUGAAGGUUACCAGGGUCCUUUGUUUGUGGUUGUUCAUGCUGCAUCUGGAGACACUCGUGAUGAUUCCACCAAUGAAUUGAAAUGGACUGUUGGUGUAUUGACAUUCCAGGGUUUUGAAAAUAGAGAUCUGUUCUAUGGAAGCGGAGGAAAUAUCUAUGCUCUUAGUCCAGUUUUUCAUGUGUAUUCAGCGACUGGGAAGGAAAAGAACUUUGUCUAUAGCCACUUACAUCCAUCUGCAAGGGUUUAUGAACCACAUCCAAAGCCGGUUGGACUUGGAUUUGGGGGAACUAUGGGAAAUGAGAGAUUAUUCAUAGAUGAAGAUUUUGCCAGGGUUACUGUUCGUCAUCAUGUGGUUGACAAAACUUAUCAGCCUGGUCCUCUCUUCCCAGAUCAGGGGUUCCUGCCUGUUGAAGCUUCCAUUCUAGAUGUGGAAAUUUGGGGACUUGGCGGUUCUACGGCCAAGGAAAUCCAAAAUUCGUACAAAAAGAGAGAGGAGCUUUUCACUGAGCAAAGAAGAAAGGUUGAUUUGAAAACAUUUGCUAGUUGGGAAGAUUCACCGGAGAAGAUGAUGCUAGACAUGAUGUCCGACCCAAAUGCUGUAAGACGAGAAGACCGUUAGAAAGAGAUGAGAUGUUUUGUUCAUUACGAGUGGUCUAUGCUGUGUACAUUUGUUAGUAGUAUAUAUACAGUGUGUAAUGUUUCUGUGACUAUUUUCUCAAGGGUAUAUGCUUUUUGCUCUGAAAUGGCAGUAUGGUCACCUGGCUUGUGUUCAUUGCCAUGUUUACAACUACACGACAAUAUAGAAGAUGGUUAUAGUGACUUUAA